UGCCGCCGCGCAGGCGCCGCUCCGCCGCUGCCCGGGCUGUGGCCGCGGCCGUGGCCCGUCGGGCUGCGGCGGGCAGCAUGCGGCAGUCCCUGACUCAGCAGCGGCCGGGCGGCAUCGCCCUGCCCGACUCCGUGGGGUCGUUCAAUAGAAGAAAAAGAAAUUCCCUCUACGUAACUGUGACUCUCCUCAUUGUGUCAGUAUUAAUUCUAACGGUGGGCCUAGCUGCUACAACAAGAACCCAAAAUGUGACUGUUGGAGGUUAUUACCCAGGGGUUAUUCUUGGUUUUGGGUCAUUCCUUGGAAUAAUUGGAUCAAACUUGAUAGAAAACAAAAGGCAAAUGCUGGUUGCAUCGAUCGUCUUCAUCAGCUUUGGCGUCAUUGCUGCAUUCUGCUGUGCCAUUGUAGAUGGUGUCUUUGCUGCCAGACACAUAGACCUGCGGCCACUGUAUGCAGGACGAUGCCAGUACUACUCCAAGAGCACCACACCACCAGAGGCAGUCUGUCACCCGCAACGUCGUGCACCGUGCACACCAAAAAUAAAAACCAACACCUGCUUCUGCUGCGACCUGUACAACUGCGGAAACAGAGUAGAGAUUUCGGGAGGAUACUAUGAAUACAUCGAUGUCAGCAGCUGCCAGGACAUCAUCCACCUUUACCACUUGCUUUGGUCAGCAACAAUUUUGAACAUUGUGGGGCUGUUCCUGGGGAUCAUUACAGCAGCGAUACUCGGAGGUUUUAAAGAUAUGACUCCUUCCCUCCCUACGCUGAACUGCACGGUUGAAAAUGCACAUCCUACGGUGUCUUAUUACUCAAGGCCACAGGUGACGUCUUACAACACCUAUUACCACAGCACUCCUCACCUGCCUCCCUACUCUGCGUAUGACUUUCAGCAUUCCAGCGUGUUCCCGGCCUCUACUCCCUCUGGCCUCUCAGAUGACCCACAGUCAGUGUCACCAUCUCCCAGCUACAUGUGGUCCUCCAAUGCUCCUCCUCGGUACUCACCACCAUAUUUUCCACCUUUUGAAAAGCCACCACCUUAUACACCAUAAAGAAUGAGGGGAAAGAAGAACUAAAUACUCGCCAGUUAAAUGAUUGUGAACAUUUUGUGUUUAUAUCUUACUGUGGGAGGAAGGGGGGGGGAAUAGAUACAGAAGAUAAUUGCAAACAUGAAUGCUUGAUUGGACGGUUCAUUCUUGCGAGACUUAUUUCAGAGGUUUAAUCAUGGGGUGGGAGGAAGGGGACAUACUGCUGAUGUUUUGCAGGGGACCUAAAUUCCAGCCUCUUCAUUUUACAGUAAGGGUCAUGGGGUCCUUGGCUUUUAUUAAAGUUAUACAAUGCAGACAAUAGAUUCUGGUCUGCCUUACUACAUCUUGAGUCAAGCUGAGGUAAGGGUAGCCAGGAUCCACAGCUGACCAGGAGUAUCAUUCUGCUCGAGGUGAGGGUGCUUGCAGACAGCUCAACCUGAUGCUUGUUUUGUGUUUGGCCUUUGGCCACCAGUUUUGGGGGAUUUAGUGGGGCUGCAGAGCUUGGCUCACGUCAUUUGUUGGUUACAGUCUACAGGAUGGAAACCCUAGUGAGGAGCCAGGACAAUGUCUUUAAUAAAUAGAGGUCACUAAAUAGGGUGUUAUCUUAUGUGUCAGCAGAAUAAUGGGAGUAUUUAUUUAUUUAUUUAUUUAUUUAUUUACUUAAUUAUUUGGGGGAAAAAGCUUUAAUAAGCUCAAUUAGCUGAUUUAUUUUGGGACAUUUCUUAAGAUAGAAGGUGAAAUGCAGUUGUCUGUCUUCCUAAUUCUUUGUCACAAUGCUGAAAUCAAACCAUCCGGGCGGCUGCACUGCCUAAAUCUUCAGAAACUGCCCACAAGUCACUGGCACAAUGCAGUGGAAACACUUUCUUUUUCCUUCUCUGCUUGGUUAGGACAUUAAGGUUGUACAUUUUUUAACGGGUUGAAUCAGCACCUUGAGUAAGCAGUGUCUUAGUAGCUGUGUUAUGGGCUGCACAUAGGGAAUUUCCACAACCAGUUCUCCAAGAUCUAAGUCUCACAUGGAUAAAAUUCAACACCGUGUAAUAUAGGAUGAAGCUGAUAGGAAUUUGCAAUUAUCGUUGUGACUUUCAUUUAAUCUUCAGCUGAUGACUGUGCUGAUUGAUCUAGAUUCCAACAGAUUUUGCAUGCGUCCCGCAUAACAAAAGAAGGUCAGCUUUGUUACGUGACACAGUGUCCUGUAAAGUGUGGUUCUACUCCACUAAGUGACCUCAGAUGACGGCUUUUAGACCUGAGCUGUUCAGCCUGAGCAUUCCCAACUGCUCGCUUCAGAGAGGAGGAGUAAGGUACUGACAUUUUAUUCCUUAUUUCCUAAAAAUGGACUGUCCUUUGCAUCAGAUUGCUGGCCCUAAUCCCAAAUUGCCUACAUUUACAUUCAGCUCUGCUGCAGACAAGAUACCCAACAGCUCAAUCUGGCGUGCAGAAUAUGAAACUGGUCCACAUGCCAGGGAGAAAAUCAACAGCUACAUAUUAAGCUGUGGCCUCUACUUUUAAACUAAAAACAAAAUGCUGUCAACGUGGAAAAUGAACGCUGAAGUCCCUGAUCUCACUUUGAAAAGUACACCACACUUUAUAAUACUGUUUUCAAUACUAUGCAUUUGCGAAGCCUUUAGGCUGGGCUGCGUGUUAACCUUCUCAUUCCACUGUCCACUGCUAGUGUGUUAGCCAGCUCAUGGAUGGCACUGUUUCUCUGGAAACAAACAUAGCUUUCCUCCAGCAACAAGUGAAAAGAGUAGCUGGGGAAGGGAGUACAGUCACAAGAUUUAAAGCAGUAGUGUGUGCAGAUCACGUCCUGGUGGCGUUCUGUUUUACUGCUGAUAGUUCAAGUGCUGCUCUUGGAAAUGUGCAUACUGAAAACAACAUAUUAAGAGUCUCAUCCAUUUUAUGUUGCGUUUUUUUUUUUUCUGGAUGAAAUCUUUUUAAAGAGAUUGUGUGCCAUUUCAAAUCUACCCACAAACCUGGAAUUUGAAGGCCACAUUCACUUCAAUCACUAAAUUUGGUAUUGCUGCAUCUUUGAAAUGGAAGGUCCCAGUGCCAACAAAUACAUGAUACCAUUUGUGCCUGUCUACUGAGCAGGGCUCAGGGGGCCAGAGCACCGCAGGGCAGGACAGAGGCAGAUCUGGGAGGGGAACAGAACUGAACGGCAGAGAAACAAUAAGGAAACAAUCGUGUCAUCGAGUUUGACUUGACAGAAGCACUAAACUUAGGGAAUUGUCAAUCAGAAUUCUUGUUUUCUAAGGAAUACUUAAGCAAAAAUUACAUUGCUGCUUUAAAUUCACUGUAAUACGAUGAGGCCGUUGUCACAUUGAAAAAAUUACCUGUUUUUCUCUUGAAUUACGUGUUUCCUUCUGCUCAAGUAAAAUAAGUGUUUCAUGUGAAUGCAACCUUCUGCACUGUGGUCAUCAUUUCUAACAGGAAUGUAGAACUGUGAACCAUCUGUACCCUUUUAUUACUUUACCAAGGUCAAAUAAACUGGUGUGACUUUUAUAAGCGUU